AUGGCGCAAAAUAUUAUUUAUUCGUGUUGGGGCCUUGCAGAGGAGUUACUCAGCGGAGGACGAGUCAUUGAUUCGAUCAAAACACUCGAAUGUUUAUUGAGUAGUGUCGGAUUUGAUCGGGAGAGAUUAUACGAAGUUGAAACAAGAGUUCGACUUUCGCAAAUAUAUUUGAAAUAUACUCGGAAUUUUAAUUCUUGCAAGAAUCAUUUAUUGAGUGCUGGCUUGGUGUUAAAAUCUAUCAUUGAACAAGUCACGACAAGCAUCGAAGUAUAUUAUCUAGAUCCUUCUCUCAAAAUCACAACAUUACAAAUUCAAAUUUACAAAUGUUUAGGUUCUGUCUACACUCAAAUGAAUGAAUUUCCGAGUGCUUGUGAAGCCUAUAUGAAAGGAAUUGAUUUUGUCGAAAGUAUUAUUGGAAUGAUUUCAAAAAAGAAGAACCCAUCAACACAUGAAGAAACUUUAAAAACGAGUAUGCAAGCAUGGCGUCACUAUUUUCGAAUUGCACUUCUUCACACUCUUGAGAUUGACAAUUUUAUGAAUGACCGAAGAAUAGAAAUUCAACAACAGUUGGAUUUAGGAGAAAAAGAAGAAAAUGAACUGUUUAAAACUGAAAAACAGAAAAACACCAAAACAAUCAAUAAGAGAAUUCUUGCCUAUUACAUCAUUAGAGUUUAUCAGGCCAUCAAGCAAGAUCAUGUUUACGUACCUUGGAGUGCCAUCACAUUGGACAAGAAAAACGAAAACAUUUCAACCUAUCUCACAAAAAUUCAUGAAGAAAUUGGUGUAGAAAUGGGAAGCGAUGAAGAAAAAAAACUCUUGGAAAAUCCUAUCAAUGCAGAUGUGAUUCUACUUUAUCUGAACUAUCUCAUCAUGUCAUGCCUCUAUAAAAUGUCACUGGGUGACCUAGCUUCAUUCAAGUCCAUUCUAAAGUCCAUUCAAGAUUCUGUAGCCAAACUGCAAGUGUAUUCGAAAAAUCCUGCAAUUUUCACCUAUGAGUGGAUUGAAAUUCCUCCCAUCGUUAGCACGAUUUGGCUCAUUGCAAGUCUUUACUAUAGAACACAGGGUCAAUUUGCAAAAUCCGAAGGGUUCAAUACCAAAGGAAUUGCAACAGCUGACAAAUACAUUAAGGAAUUAGCCAAUGCUGCUGGAUUUGCAUUGGAUAAGAAGAGAAAUGACAAUACUCUCUUCUCACUAUUUGUGAAAUUUAACCUAUUGCAAGAUAUGAUUUUGAUUCAUUUGUCGAGAUCCGAAUUUAUUCUAGCAACCAAGAACAUGAUCAAACUCAUUGAUUUUAUUUAUCAAUUUCCAGAUUUAUUUAUCACCUAUAGGCACAACAUUCAUUUAUUGAUUGGAAUUUUAUUAUUCUUUACAGACAAGGAGAGGGGUGCUGACUCUGCAUGCAAUCAACAUUUCGAAUUUAUCAUCAAAAAUUGCCCAAGCAAACAACUUGUGACGUGGGCCACAAUUUUCCAAAUAUUUUGGAAACUCAACUGUUCAGAGUCUGUAUUUUCCACAAAAGAUCUUUUUAAAGAUGUGGAUGAUUUGACGAGAUCUUUGAAGACAAAUGGACUUCGAGAGGUUGAAAGUUUCCAAUCCUAUAUUUCAUUUAUUAAGGGAGUUCUUUGUCUUAGAAACAAUGCUCUUGAUGAAUCGAAAAAUCACUUCCAAAAAUCUCUCAAAACAUUCGAUCAAUUUUCACUUUCACAAAAAAGUGUGAUUCGUCAAUGUAUGCUCGGAAUUUUACAAUCGGAUUGGAAGCUUGGAGAACAUUCAAAACAAAAGACACUCGAACAAGUCACAAAACUUUUACAAGAAUCUAAGGACGAUCAAGAUCUAUUUUCAGAACUUCAAAGUUUAUCAUUUCUCAUGGAGUUGUCGUCCUCAUCGACGACGUCUUUGAAAGCAUCAACAAGUAACCACAAUACUGCAAUGGAUACAUCAAGUGAUUUCGAUAUCGACAACAUUCGAUUAAGCCAACCAGAACCAAUCAGUCACGAAUUCGAUCAAGCUCAACAACGACUCGCUGAUAACAUCCAAACUCUAUUGACGAGCAACACGGACAUUAAUACACACUAUGAAAUCUUAAAAUCAUGGUUUCCAGAUGUGAACAAGAGUUACAAGAGUAUGAUGGAUAAUUGA